UCCUGCGCAGGUGGCGGCUCUGGAUCCACCCCCCAUAUCCUGCUCUCCCAGAGAUGAGGGCAGAGGGACUAUCUCCCCUCCUGGCUCUGGGGAUCCUGGUGGCUGCGCUCUGCUCCAGUGUCCACUGCCUCCCAGAGGAUGGGACCCAGGAGGACCAGUGCAAAGCGGUGCCUGUGGACGACCACACAUUAGCCUCCAGCAACACCGACUUUGCCUUCAGCCUCUACAAGCAGUUGGCUUUGAAGACCCCCAAUAAGAACAUCAUAUUCUCCCCACUAAGUGUCUCCAUAGCCUUGGGCUUCCUGUCCCUGGGGGCCCGUGGACCCACCCUGACGGAGAUCCUGGAAGGCCUCAAGUUCAACCUCACGGAGACCCCCGAGACAGAGAUCCACAAGGGCUUCCAGCACCUCCUGCAGACGCUCGGCCACCCCAGCAACCAGCUGCAGCUGAGCAUGGGCAAUGCCAUGUUCGUGCAGGAGCAGCUGAAGCUGCUGGAAAAGUUCAUAGAAGAUGCCCGGACCCUGUACGCCUCUGAGGCCUUCUCUGCCAACUUCGAGGAUUCUGACGCUGCCAAGAAGCUCAUCAAUGAUUAUGUGAAGAAUAAAACCCAGGGGAAAAUUGUGGAGUUGUUCAAGGAACUUGACCCCCUAGCGAAGGUGAUCCUGGUGAAUUACAUCUACUUUAAAGCCCAGUGGAAGACCCUCUUUGACCCCCAGCAUACGAAGCAGGCAGAGUUCCACGUGAGCGAGAACGAGACGGUGGAGGUGCCCAUGAUGAGCAUUGGGGGCCUGAAGACGCCUUACUUCCGGGACGAGCAGCUGGGCUGCACGGUGGUGGAGCUCCCGUACAGCAGCAACGACAGCGCGCUCUUCAUCCUCCCUGACGAGGGCAGAAUGCAGGACCUGGAAGCCAAGCUGCACCCAGAGACGCUGAGGAGGUGGAGAGACUCACUGCAGCCCAGUUUGUUAGAUGUGCUUUACCUGCCAAAGUUCUCCAUCUCCAGCAAGUAUAAUCUGCGAGACAUCCUUCCUCAGCUGGGCGUGAGGAAAGUCUUCACCCUCACCGAGGCUGAGCUGUCAGGAAUCACAGAUACCAUGCACUUAGCAGUUUCCCAAAUGGUCCACAGCGCUGUGCUGGAUGUGGACGAGCAGGGCGCGGAAGCAGCUGCUGCCACAGGAGUCGAGCUUUCCCCCAGGUCCAUCGUAAGGACCAUUGUGCGUUUCAACAGCCCCUUUCUGAUUUCCAUAAUUGACAAAGACACCCAGAGCAUCAUCUUUUUGGGCAAAGUCAACAACCCCAAUCAAGCCUAGAGCUCUCCUCUGAGCUGUGGGUCCCCUUGCUAAGAAGCUGGGUGUUCUGGUCCCUGGGGUCAGCCUGGCCUCUGUGCACUGAGGAGCCAGGCUGCCUGGUCCUACCUGCUCACUCUUCGGAAGAUGACAGUGACUCUGCUGGGGGGUCCACAUGUACAGGGAGUCUGUGCCCUGGGCACAAGGAGGCUCUGAGUUCUACAACAGCAAUAAAUGACCUUCCUUGG